AUGACUAUCAUGCUCGCAGCACGGGCUGCCCCUACCAGCGAUGGCCAAGACACGCCAAUAACUGGCCUCGGGACUCGUAGCGUUGCCAGCGGUUGCUAUCCCUUUGCUUCCCCUCGUUGCGGUCUCUCUGAAACAUACUGCCAAUGCGCUGACGGGCGAUUUUACGAAUACAACGAUAAAAAGGGAUGUAACCCUCCCGGUGGAAUUAUCUCGGAGUCAGUGACUGGUAUUCCGGGAUACACCUGCACCUAG